CAUUUCUUCAGUGCACUGCCACUCUGUGACAGAUCCUCAAUGAGAACAUUAUUAAGUAAUCCAAACUUUAUAACUAACUAACUAUACUAGUUACCAUCUUUGUAUGAUACUUGCAUACAGGAGGCUAACCUACAUUCGAUUUACAUGUACCUUGCUGGCCAACAAUCAUGCAUGUAACCUUCAUCUUGCUUACUUAGUAGAUCUAUAUAUGGUGUUUACGGUCAUGAUUCCCCCAAGAAAGCUCACAUAUUCGUCCUCACUUGCUGCUGUCUACCAAUCCUACCAUUUCGUGUACCAGAGCACCGUGGCAUCACCAUACCAUGUCUUGCUUCCAGGUGCGUGAAAAUAGUGUAAAGGAACCUAAAUCGGAGUAGUAUAAGCUUUUUACAUGCAAGUAGUAGAAGGUGCCAAGAUGAUCAGAACACUAACUAUUCUAGACUAGUCCCGAGUAUGACCUUGGCCUGUCUAGAGAGAAGAUGGCAACAUAUCUAAACUUUCCAUGAUCUACUAAGAGCUCCGCCACGAUUAUCU